UCUCGACAGCCACGGCAGCCGCUCUUCUUGUCUACUACGCUCAACGUGAUGGCACAAGCGGCAGCACCAAGCCCUCAAUCCCCGAAUGUGCCUAUAUUUUCUCUCCAACCUGCGAAAAAACGAGAGUUAUCGACCUCGAAAAAGGUCAUGCGACGGUUCCGUUCCGUUUUCCGAUCCUUUCCAAUCAUCGCUCCCGCAUGCAAGCUUCCCGUCUCACUCAACAGGACCGGUCUCCACGACAGCCAUAUCCAUGGGACCCGCAUAACCGGGACCAUCUUUGGCUACCGAAAAGCUAGGGUUAACCUAGUUAUUCAAGAAAACCCUACAGUCCUCCCCCUCCUUGUGCUCGAGCUAGCGAUUCCGACUGGAAAGCUCUUGCAGGACAUGGCAUCGGGGAUGGUUAGAAUCGCCCUGGAAACCGAAAAGAAGCAAAACGACAAGACGAAGAUCGUUGAUGAACCAAUAUGGACGAUGUAUUGCAAUGGAAGAAAAUCAGGAUAUGGGGUGAAGCGGGAGCCAACUGAGGAGGAUUUAGGGUUCAUGCAAAUGCUGCAUGCGGUGUCGAUGGGGGCCGGCGUUUUGCCGACUGACAGAAAGGACCAUGCAGAUGGGGAAUUGUCUUACAUGAGAGCACAAUUUGAGCGAGUGAUUGGGUCGAAAGAUUCAGAGACUUACCAUAUGCAGUGUCCUGAUGUUAAUAUUUCUGGUCCUGAACUAAGCAUUUUCUUUGUAAGGAUUUGAGGAAGAAUUGGGAUUUUGUGUGGAGUUAUCAAGAGGGAAAGCUAAGAGAAAAAUGUAAAUAGAAUACGAGAUACAU